AGACUCACUUUCUAGGGUUCUUUACUAAGUUGAGAGGAGAAAGAAAGGGAAGAACAGGGGAAAAAAAGAAGAAUGUCUUCAAUGAACUCAUCUGCAUCCUAUCACACAGAGAGAGGAUGUUUCAAAAAUUCCCAAGUGCUCUCAUGGACCAUGGCUGGGGCCUCCAUCCUGUUUCUUAGUGUCUGUUUUGUCACCAGAUGUGUUGUAACAUAUCGCAGCUGUCUAAUGUACGAGCAGAAAAAGUUACAGUCACACGAAACAGUCAAGGAGAUGUCCUGCUACAGUGUCACAUCAGGUUCAGUCAAGAACUGCUGUCCUUUGAACUGGAAACAUUUUCAGUCUAGUUGUUACUUUUUCUCCACGACCACCCUGACCUGGCCAUCAAGUUUAAAGAAUUGCUCAGAAAUGGGGGCUCACCUGGUGGUUAUCAACACACCGGAAGAGCAGGAAUUCCUUUUUCAUACAAAACCCAAGAAGAAAGAGUUUUAUAUUGGACUGACAGACCAGGUGGUGGAGGGCCAGUGGCAAUGGGUUGAUGACACACCUUUCACAGAGAACCUGAGUUUCUGGGAUGCUGGGGAGCCUAACAAUAUAGUUUAUGUGGAGGACUGUGUCACCAUAAGGGACUCUGGAAAUCCCAGGAAGAAUUGGAAUGAUAUACCGUGUUUUUACAGCAUGCCUUGGAUUUGUGAAAUGCCAGAAAUAAGUCCUUCGAACUAAAUGCAAUUGAACAGGGGAGACGUGAUUUAAAUGCGUGAGGAGAAACAGGAAUGUAACAACACCCAAAAUCCAACAUGGGAAAACAUCCAUUAUGGACCACAAGGACCACUUAAGUGUGUGUUACUCUAAGUAAAAGUGACUUGUUCCAUUGUUAAAAUCCCUAGUACUGACCGAUGUUCUCGCCAUAACCUGCAAGUCCUGUUUUCAGAACUUGUGGAAUAAUCCACUAAUAAAUGCAGCAAGAGAAAAGGGACUGUUCUUUUGACAUCCAUCUUGCUUAUGAGAAUUAAAAUGAAAAUAUAGGUACAGAGAGAGUGAGUAUGCAGUCUAGUGAAGAAGUCUAUAGACUUUGGAUGGUCACCAGAUCUUCCUCUUCUUUCGACAUCCAAGGAUCUAGCUUAUCUCCUCAUGUUGUUAAUGCAUAGAUCAUGUCCAUGUUCUCCAACAGCAAGGAAGAAGCAUCUGUGAGUCUUGAGGCUUACUGCAGCUCAGGAGAAUGGCAUGGCCGUCAGCACAUCUCCAUAGGGAAAGGCCAAACUUCAGCUCCAAACAGACGGGUGGUCUAGUCCACUCUUCCCUGGACCUCCAUUUUCUCUGUGUUUUCCUCUAUCAACUGGAUCUUGCCUGUGUUUGUAUCUGCUGUUCAAAUAGAACCAGAGUUCAAAGUGAGAUUGCCCUUUAGAAGUUCAGUUUCACACUUUCUUGUCUCAAGACUUUCCAUUUAUCAUAUGAUAUUCUGUCAGUGAAGACCAUGGUUCUUCCAGAGAGAGUCAUAAAGAGAUCUUCAGCAGCAUUCACACGCUGGAAUAACAUGUAUCCUUGAGUAGGGGAGUUUAAUUAAACAAAUCAAUUUGAUAUAUUAACAGUCUUUACAAGCAUUUCAAUUAGGCAUCUUAACAAUAUGAUUUUGAAAUUAAAAUCCU